UUGUGUGUGUGGGGCGACUUUCAAACGGUUUCGAGCCUUUAACUUGUUGACAUUGUUGGGAGCGAACGCCGGACGGUGCGCUGCCACCUGUGAGCUUGGCGGGGAGCUGCUCUCAUCUCCGAGAAAAAAAGAAAAGAAAAGCGCGCGCACGAUCCAGUCGAGCGCGUCCGCGAGUGCGAAGUUUGGGUGUCGUCGGAAUGGAGCGCGCGUCCUCGCCGGUUCGCUUGCGCAGCGACGCCAAAGCUGCUACUUUGUCAGAAAAGGAGCUGUCCGGUCUGCGCGCGAAGGACGAGGGCGGCAUCCGCUGCCCCUUCCCCGCCUGGAAGCCCCCGCCCGGUCUGCCGGUGACAUCGCCCUCCCCCGCGGCGUUCGCCGACCGCUCUUUGCCACCCGGCGUGUCGCGGCGUUCGCCGCCUAGCCCCGCCUCCCGCCCGCGGGGAUGCCGCGACCCCCGUGACUCGCCGGAGGACCGGGAACGAGAGUACGUGGGCUUGGCCGAGUUGCCCGAUCAAGUUCGGCGCAAAACGGCGAGGAAGGGCUUCGCGUUCACGCUGAUGGUCGCAGGAGAGAGCGGCCUGGGAAAGUCCACGCUGAUCAACGCUUUGUUCCUCACCGACCUUUACAAAGACCGGAAGAUCGCCAACGCCCAAGAGCGCAUCCGUCAGACGGUGAGGACGGCGAAGCGCACGGUGAGCAUCGAGGAGAACGGCGUCAAGCUGAGGCUGAGCAUCGUGGACACGCCGGGCUUCGGCGACGCCGUCGACAACACUCGAAGCUGGAAGCACCUGGAGGACUACGUGGAGCGGCAGUUGGAUCGCUUCUUCCGAGACGAGAGCGGCCUCGACCGCCGCAACAUCCGAGACCACCGCGUGCACUGCUGCCUCUACUUCAUCUCGCCGUACGGCCACGGCCUGCGGCCGCUGGACGUGGAGUGCAUGCGUGCCCUGCACGACAAAGUCAACGUGGUUCCGCUGCUGGCCAAAGCCGACGGCCUGACCCCGGCCGAGUUGCGCGAGAAGAAGCUCAAGAUCCGCGAGGAGCUGCGGCGCUUUGGGAUCAACAUCUACCGGUUCGCCGACUGCGACGAGGACGACGACGACGACUUCAAGCGGCGGGACCAACUGCUCAAGGACAGCGUCCCCUUCGCCGUCAUCGGGAGCGACGUCCUGGUGGAGAGCCGAGGCCGCCGAGUCAGAGGUCGUGCGUACCCCUGGGGGACGGUCGAAGCGGAGAGUCCGGCCCACUCGGACGUCCUGCUUCUGCGGGACAUGCUGGUGAGGACGCACAUGCAAGACCUGAAGGACGUGACCUGCCAAAGCCACUACGAGAACUACCGGGCGCGCUGCAUUCGCGGCAUGACGCGCAUGGUCGUCCGGGAGCGCCGACGCAGUUUGUCUGAAAAGCACGGAGGAGAAAGCCACGCGGACGUCCCGCUGCCGCUCGCCGCCUCCGACGGGGAAAAGGAGAGACUGCUCCUUGAAAAAGAGCAGGAGGUACGCCGCUCGUCACGCACGCGCCAUCGCUUCAAAGGCCGG